AGCCAAUGUGCCGCCUCGAACGAGUAAUUCUCACAGUUGAUCCGCAAUCCAGCAACGACGGAGAGCUCUCGGCAACAAACAUUCAGCAAAAACAGGUCCGAAGAGCCUUGAGACAUUGAGAGAAAGCUGCGCUUUACAAAAAAUUGAAAAAGCCUUUGAUCGAUCCUACUUAUCUGGCUGGGGCAUCAAAAGUGUCGUAAAUCUUGAUAGGAAGUUUCUGGAACGUCGAAACAACACGCCGAAAUGCUAAUUGACGGGAAAGAGGGCUGAGCCUCGGUGUGAGUUUUCACUUUUUCCCUUUCAUUCAUUAAAACUCUAUUUCAGAGUACAGCUUACAUAUAUAAUGGAUACUCUGAACUAUCGACCUGUGCUUGGACACACAAACGCGUAUAACCGUGGACUCGUCGUCCUCUGAUGGAUGGAUUGAUUGGGUCAUCCCCGCGGCAACCGAUGGACAAACACGAAUAUAUCGAGGACAGCGAGACAGGACAGCAAAAUGUCCAUCGGUGUCUCCUUAGUCCGCAGGAAGAAUUCGCAGCGUGCGGGCUUCAUUCGUCGCACGAAAACCGCGAGUACCAUUGGGACCAGCCUGUGUGCAGUCGGUGAAAGGAUUCCUCCGCGUCUCUUACGAUCUUUCCUUCGGUUGCGAUAACGAGAAAAUGACGAACUCGAGCUGUCGUUAGGGCGCUAUUCGUGAAAAAAUCUCGUCAUGCCUUCUCAGUCCUCGAACGCCAGGACCCUCGUGGUCCUCCUCGCUACUUGCUUUUUCGGUUUCUCCUUCUACGCUCCGUUUCACGUAGUCGGACAACAAGCCGACACGGAGAAAAGUCCAGCAUCGGCUGAGAACUCAAGACCUGUGAACUUGUUUAUCAUCAAUAGCGAGGACAACGAGAUAGCGAACAAAAGCGUAUCGAAUUCUCUGAAAUCAAUAAGAGAAAAGAACGCGGAGUGGUUGGGAAAAGUGGUGAGUGUGACGAUAAAUGGUUCGGACGCAAAGGAUGAUCUGGACAAAAUUUGUACGGCUUGGGACGCAGCGUUGCAGGAAAAUCCAACGGAAAUACCAGACGUCGUGCUGGACACGACGAGGUCCGGGCUCGGCGCUGAGACCGUAAACUCUUUCACCGCGGCCCUCGGUAUACCGACGUUGUCCGGGCAAUUCGGGCAAGCGGGUGAUUUGAGACACUGGCGCGAUCUGAGCGAGGAUCAGUUGCAGUAUCUCGUUCAAAUAAUGCCGCCGGCCGAUCUCAUACCGGAAGCUGUAAGGCAAAUGGCGUAUUACUUGAACAUAAGCAACCUCGCUGUUAUAUUCGACGAGAGUUUUGUGAUGGAGCACAAAUACAAAAGUUUACUUCUGAACGUGCCGACCCGCCACGUAAUCGUGCCAGCUAAAAACUCCGAAAAGGAAGCGCGUGCUCAGUUGUCACGUCUGCGUAAGCUCGACAUCGUGAAUUAUUUUGUUCUUGCUGGAGAAUCGGUUCUCACGAAUACGUUGAACGCCGGUCAAGCGCUCAAUUUUACCGGUGAAAAAUACGGCUGGUACGCCCUCACUCAGGACGAGUUUCAACCGCACUGCGACGGCAGCUCUCUCCAAUUGAUCUUCUUCAAACCGGAAAUGGAAACUGCGAGCCAGCAACGGAUAAGCGAACUCGCGAGCCGGGGCUUGCUACCGAAGCCGGUGCUUUCCUCCGCGUUCUACUACGACCUGGCUCGCAUCGCCGUAGCUGCCAUGAAAUCUGCCAUCGAUGCGAAGCUCUGGCCUCUCGAGCCGAAGCAAAUGGCGUGCGACUCGUUCAACGGUAAAAAUACGCCCACGAGAAAUUUCGACUUCAUUGGCAAGCUGAAAAGCGUCAACAGUGACAUGCAAGUAACAUCAACGUUCGCGGACGUUGCCUGGGGACGACGCAAUGGCGAACAUCGCGCGAGCUUCAACAUGAACGGCUCCUUGAUCGCGAUAUCAAACGGUAACCCAGUCUCUACGAGUUCGCUUGGAAUGUGGCCAGCCAGCAUCAACUCAUCUUUGAAGGGGAUGGACGAGUGGGUGAUGAAAAAGCACGUGGCGCUGACGAGUUAUCGGAUCGUGACCGUCGCGAAGCCACCAUUCAUGAUAUACAAUGCGGAGACGAACGAAUGGAGCGGUUUCUGCAUUGAUUUGAUCGAUGAAAUAGCACAUAUAACAAACUUCACGUACGAAAUAACCAUUGCACCGGAUGGUAGAUUUGGCUCGAUGGACGAGAAUGGGAAUUGGGACGGUAUGAUAAAAGAAUUGAAAGACAAGCGUGCCGACAUCGCACUCGGUGCUCUCUCGGUGAUGGCUGAGAGGGAAAACGUCGUGGAUUUCACAGUGCCUUACUACGAUCUCGUCGGCAUUUCGAUUCUCAUGCAAAGAGUCACGACCCCGACAUCCCUCUUCAAAUUCCUCACUGUACUCGAGAACAACGUUUGGCUCUGUAUACUGGGUUCCUAUUUAUUCACGAGCUUUCUCAUGUGGCUGUUCGAUCGUUGGUCCCCGUACAGCUAUCAGAACAACCGAGAGAAAUAUCGAGAUGACGAUGACAAGCGUGAGUUCACGCUGAAAGAGUGUCUCUGGUUCUGCAUGACUUCGCUGACGCCACAGGGAGGCGGCGAGGCGCCGAAAAAUCUAUCGGGACGUCUCGUUGCUGCGACCUGGUGGCUUUUCGGAUUCAUCAUAAUAGCUUCUUACACCGCUAAUCUUGCUGCUUUUCUCACCGUUUCGCGCCUCGAUACCCCCGUCGAAUCGCUCGAUGACCUCAGCAAACAAUACAAAAUUCAAUAUGCACCGAUACACAAAUCCGAAGCUUACACCUAUUUUGAAAGGAUGGCCAACAUCGAGAGACGCUUUUAUGAUAUUUGGAAAGACAUGAGCCUGAACGACAGCCUUUCGGAUGUUGAACGAUCGAAGCUCGCGGUGUGGGAUUAUCCGGUCAGCGACAAAUACACUAAAAUGUUCCAAGCCAUGAAGGAAGCGAAAUUCCCAGCCAACCUGUCGGAAGCUUUGGACCGGGUACAACGUAAAACUGUAUCCACCGAAUUCGCCUUCAUCGGGGACGCUACUGACAUCAGAUAUUUAUAUUUGACUGAGUGCAAUUACGUCAUUGUUGGGGAAGAAUUUUCGCGGAAACCCUACGCCAUCGCGGUUCAGCAAGGCUCCCCUCUUAAGGAUCAAUUGAAUAACGCAAUUCUUCAACUAUUGAAUGAGCGUAAACUAGAGAGAAUGAAGAACAAAUGGUGGUCUACGAAUAUUGUGAAGAAGGAUUGCAAGAAAAACGAUCAGGGUGACGGCAUCAGCAUCGAAAAUAUCGGCGGUGUGUUCAUCGUAAUAUUCUUCGGCAUUGGACUAUCGUGUUCAACACUGGCCUUCGAAUACUAUUGGUAUCGCUAUCGACCGAAACAUCAAGCUAAACGUGAUUUGCCUCCAAACGAGCCGUCGAAUAAUUCCAAAACUGUGCGAUUCACUCUCAAACCAGCGAAAAAUCCGACUUUCGAAUCUUCUGUGCCAUUUGGCAGCCGGUUUUAACUGUCACAAACUGAUACAGUGACUCGCCGGUAGAGAAAUAUCUUGACGAAUUAGACGUCAGUUUACCAAAACCACGUGAUUGUAUACGGCAAGUCAAGCCACUCGUUCAUCCCAGAAAACUCUCGUUUUCUCUCAUUUCUCUGGAAAUCCGGUAAAAGUGAGCGCAUCGAAAACGAAUAAUAAUGAUCAGAAACAUGAUUUUUUCCUGCUAAAUGCAAUAUUUUCGAUAUUCGAUCAUUUUUCUUUCACCGAACAGCCCCAAACUGAGAAUUCUCAGCCGAACGUCACUGCAAGGACUCACUAUUCUCGAAAGAUUAUCGAGGAAUCUUCCAGCACCUUGAAAUUUUGAAACGAUCGCGAUCGCUGUUCUGUAGACGUGCACGUUCGAGUCUUGCGUUAACUUCGCUGUGUGUGCGUGUGUGUGUAUGUGUUUUUUUUACCAAUUAUUAGACUGCGGUAUUCGAGUGUGAAAUCGUACAAAACCGAGCGCCGAUUUUGAAUAAAUUAACCGAAAUUUUAUAUUUUUCCACCAUUUGUAUGGCACUGCGACGAGCAGGGCUCAGUAUAGCUAUGCAAGUCACGAAUCACGUUUGUUUUGGGAGAUUCAACAUCGAAGAUAAUGAUUUAUAGUCAGCACAAUUGGCGUGCGUUGUAAGAAUAUUUGAAACUCGAUUUUUUUUAUUCAAUUAUAAAAAUCAAAUAAUAAAUGCAUUAAAAUCGAGAUCGAUGUUAGAUGGAGAAAGAGAAAAAUGUCGAGAACGACGUCGACUCUAUAGUCGAACUUACGAACGUUUUAAAUCGAAAAGCAACGAGAACUGCGUUCGUUCUGUAUGUAUGUGCGUCGUCAUGAACUUUGUAGCGUUAUUUACUGUGUGAAAAAUCAGAGUUUGAAUUUUCGUGUAUGUUCGUAUGUAAAGGAUUAAUAAAAAUGGAAUAAAGCAAAAAAACGUAAUUUAUUUUAUG